AUGGCCACUCCAGAACCCCAGCGAGAUACCAGCGAGCCCAUCCGCCCAGAAGGCAUCCUGAACUUCCGCGACGCAGCAACGCUCCCCAACUCCACAUCAGCCAGGAAUAUACUCAAACCCAACCUCCUCUACCGCUCCGCCCGUCCCGACGCCGCCACCCCCUCCGACCACGGGACCCUCACGCAAACCCUCAGCAUCAAAACCAUCCUCGACCUCCGCACGCCCACCGAGCACUUGGACCAAGCGCGCGCACUCCCCGCACCCCCCGGCACCACCACUUCCACCUCAUCAGAACCACCCGGCAGGAUCCCAGGAAUCAGAUAUGUAGAUAUCAACUUCAACGGCUCCACAUACACGCGGGCUCUUCUGUCACAGCUACCGUACUUCUCGACAGCAAGGCUGGCGUUCUGGUACUCGCUCGGCUACCGCAAGUAUGCAAUCUCCAUCCUGGCAGCCGCCGUAAUGGCGCCUCGAGGCCUCGUCGGACUGGCGGAGGAUAGUCUGCGGUACUGUCGGGCUGAAGUAGCGGAGGUGUUCUCGCUCUUGGCCUCUGAAUCCUCGGAGGGAGGGAAGGGAGUGUACCCGCUACUCAUCCACUGCACGCAAGGCAAAGACCGCACCGGCCUCAUCGUCCUCUUGAUCCUCCUGCUGCUCGGAGUGCCUGUCUCAGCGAUCGAAGCAGACUACCAGGCUUCCGGGCCAGAACUUGCAAAGGAGCGACAGGCGAAGGUGGAGGAGGUGAGGAGUAUUGGGCUCCCUGACGCUUUCGCGGAUUGUGAGGACGGGUGGGCGGGGGGGGUGUGUGGGUUUAUUGAGCGGGAGUUUGGAGGGGUGGAGGGGUAUCUUGAAGGCUGUGGAGUGACGGGGGAGCAGAUGGAGAGGAUCAAAAAGACUCUGAAAGCGACUUGA